CCCACGGACCUUUAUCACGACGCCAUGGACGGGCAGUGCAAGUUGCUUCUUGCUUUCCCCCGUCAUCUACAACCACCACCUUCGCCUCCAAUAUCGGCACAACCGCCCAAGCAUCAUGACCUUCACCGACACACGCACGCUGAGAGCAGCGGCGCUCGGCGCACUGCUGGCGCUCCCGAAGACGGCGAGCGCGCAGUACUACGAUCCGUACCGCCGCCGGAGGACGGGGCUGGCGAGGGGGGCGAUUGCUGGGAUAGCGAUUGCCUGCGCCUGCCUCGCCCUCUUCUGCUUUGUCCUUGCGUUCUUUCUCCGCCGGAGGCGCCUGAGGGCCUUCCAGGCGAGCAGGAUCAACCACGUUGAGGCAAGGCCCGUAGCCUUCCAGCCGCCCGCGUCGCAGUGGAACUACCAAGGCCCGCCGCCGAGUCAGCCGAGCUACACCGGAGCCUACGGCACUGGGCAGCCGAACUACCCCGGUCAACCAAGCUACAACGGCUCGGCGCCGUACCAGGCCGAGCAGCCAGGGUACAAGGCAUAUGAGGCCCCGACGUCACCGCCCCCACCCCCGCCGGCGUAUGAUACGGCCGCGGGCGCGAAGGACCAGACGUCGUUUGCACCGCCCCCGGGGUCGCCGCCCGCAGGAAGCUCGUCGCAGUACGCGCCGCCCCCUGGGCCGCCGCCGGCUGCUCAUACGACGGGCAAGGACGACGGCAGCUUCAUUGGCGGGUUUAGGCGCCCGAACUAGAUGCUGCACGAACGCUCCGGUGCAUCCUCCCAUCAUUGCUAAGAGCGCAUUCUGCUUGCUUUGACCACCAUGAAUGAAGAAUAUAAAGUACCAAUACGAUGAACGAUUUCUGAUUCCCCUUCUGCUUUUGCCUGUUUGUAGCCAUGGUUCGCAUGAUACCUUACUCCUCUCUCUUACUGUACCGUAUAGCAUCGCCUGUUUAUUCACGAGUCGACAUUGUUACUUUUCCGAAGUUCGAUGUGUGCGAUGCUGCCUUUUGAGAUGUCCGAAUGACCAUAACGCCGGGCGAGAGCAG